AUGGAGCUAUGCGGUCGUCAAAAGCUCGUCCAGCGCAAGAUGGUGCUGCUAGGUGACGGUGCCUGUGGCAAGACGUCUGCGCUGAAUGUCUUCACACGAGGCGAACCAACCGUCUUUGAAAACUACGUUCACGAUAUCUUCGUGGACAACGUACAUAUGGAGCUGUCGCUAUGGGAUACAGCUGGACAGGAGGAAUUUGACCGGUUACGCGCACUAUCUUAUGAGGAUACCCACGUGCUCAUGCUUUGUUUCAGUGUCGACAGCGGGGAUUCAUUCGAGAACGUCGGGUCCAAGUGGAUUGCCGAAAUCAACGAAAAUUGCCCCGGCGUCAAGGUUGUGCUCACCGCACUCAAGUGCGAUCUGAGGAAAGAUGAUGAAAUGAAUGAUAACCCCAGCGCCAUUACCUUCGAUCAGGGGCUGGCAAAGGCGAAGGAAAUCGGCGCCGUCAAAUACUUGGAGUGCUCGGCAGUUCAAAACCGGGGAAUCCGUGAAAGCUUCUACGAAGCUGCCAAGGUCGCCUUGGAUGUCAAGCCUGUUGGCAGCAGUGGCUCCGGUGCAAAGUGUGUCAUUCUGUAA